AUGGUGAGGCCGCCGUGCUGCGACAAGGAGGGCGUCAAGAAGGGCCCCUGGACGCCGGAGGAGGACCUCGUCCUCGUCUCCUACAUCCAGGAGCACGGACCCGGCAACUGGCGCGCCGUCCCGGCCAGAACUGGGCUGAUGCGGUGCAGCAAGAGCUGCCGGCUGCGGUGGACCAACUACCUCCGGCCGGGCAUCAAGCGCGGCAACUUCACCGAGCAGGAGGAGAAGCUCAUCAUCCACCUCCAGGCCCUCCUCGGCAACAGGUGGGCGGCCAUCGCGUCGUACCUGCCGGAGCGGACGGACAACGACAUCAAGAACUACUGGAACACGCACCUCAAGCGCAAGCUGCAGAGCGGCGGCGGCGACGGGGCUGCCAAGCCGCCGGCGCACAGGCCGCCGUCGUCGUCCAAGGGGCAGUGGGAGAGGAGGCUGCAGACGGACAUCAACCUGGCGCGCCGCGCGCUUCGCGAGGCCCUCACCCCGCUCGACGACCUCAAGCCGACGCAGCUGCAGCGCGACGCCGCCGUCGACGCGCCCGGCGCGGGAGUGGGCGUGGGCGUGGGCGUGGGCGACGGCGGCGGCGACAGCCCGGCGUCGAGCUCGUCGGGCGCGUCGCAGUGCUCCCCGUCGGCGCCUACCGCCGCCGCCGCCGCGGGGCCGUUCGUCCUGACCACGGAGAACAUCUCGCGGAUGCUGGACGGCUGGGCCGGCCGCAAGGGCGCCCGUGGCGGGAGUCCGGGCACGCCCGGCGGCGCCGAGAGCGCGUCCACCGGAUCCUCGGACGCGUCGGAGGUGUCGUACGGUGGCGCCGCCGUCGCGCCUGCCGCUGGUGGGCCUGUCGUCUUCGAGUACGAGACGAAGCCGGCCGUGCCGCCGUCCCAGCAGAUGCCGCUGUCGGCGAUCGAGUCGUGGCUGUUCGACGACGACAACCACUUCCACCAUGUCCAGAGCGCCAGCUUGCUUGAUGCGGCCCCCAUGGAUUACCCGUUCUAG